AUGCCUAGAUACUCUCCAUGGGAAGAAAAAGGGCGAAGCUUAAGGAGAUGGAUUGAACGCUACCAUGAACCGGGGUGCCCAUACCCCAAAUCCACAUUUGCUGUGACAUAUUACCCCCAGCCCCGGGAUUAUUCCGUCACCCAUGAGUCUGCAUCGUUGGAUUCAACGUGGGAUACCUGGAUCUACCCGCACGAUCUACCGACCGAGCUUAACAAGAUAGAAAUCAAGAAUCGCAAAGGCCCACCCGUGGGAUGGGAGGGACGCACUGGACAAGGAGUAGUGUUCCUUGACUGGAUCCGCCGAUCAAGGCGAAGCGCUGCUCCACACAUGUCGGAAUUUACGAAGGCUGCCUAUGAGAUGGACUUUCCUCUCCGAAGCCUCAAAUACGUAUUUGUGACUGAUAUAUCAGAGACUGACACUGUGGAAUGCAUUCGUGAUGAGGUGUAUAAAUCUGAAGGGAUUGCGUACCCUUCCAGCGAACAGGAGAUCUGGGACAGUCCCUCGCGCGAGUUUGAUGCUCUGCUGGGUACUACAAUGGGUAAGGCUGUUGCAGCGUUUGUUCUGUGUGCAUGGGGCCAAGGUACGAAGCGAAUUGCAAGGAUAAUUACUUUUCACAAUGGUGAAUACCUUCAACGACUGAAUAUGCGGUUUGACAUCGAAGAUAUUUAA